AUGUCGAGCGGAUACGAAUGGGCCAACUCGGCGGAAGCCUUCCUUGCGGCGACGAGCAACCGCCGUGGGUACUCUGCCACAAGCUUCUACCCGCCGAUGCAGCAGCAACCGAUCCAGUGCAUGCCGCAAGCCAUGACGCCGACCUCGAUCGACUCGUACGACAUGGAGGUCAUUGUCGCCGACGCUAACGGGCCCAUGGUGCAGCUCGUGACGAAGCGCAAGCUCGGGGACGACAACGAAGGCAUGCUCUUCAAGCGCCAGCGCCUCCAGUGGGACGCACCCGGACGCGACCGCACGAAAAUGGAGACGAUCCAGCACGAGACGACGAUGCCCUACUAUAGCCAGAGCCCCCAUGCGAUGCUCAGCUCCUUUGUGACCCUCGGCGACGACGACGAGACGCGCGAUAUCCUGCAGGAGUUGAUGUUCCGGAAGCCGCUCACGAUUCGCGUCCCGACGCCGCUUCUGACGCUGGCACGCGAGAAGGAUCUCUCGUGCAUCCUCGAGGAAGACGAGUAA